GCAUUUAAAAAAUACCCAGGAGACCUCUCUAAAGCCAAGCAAUGUUAAAGAUUAGCUGUUAUUCAUCAAGUUCAUACGGGAAUGAAAGAAUCGCUCGCAUCUGGCAAAGAAACCCGGGUAUCCGAGGUUUUGCGCUUCAGAGAGGGUACAGGUCCAUAAAUCAGCCCAUUCUGCAGCCACCUGGGAACAGAGCGGGUGGGGCGGAGCUUCCGUUGAUUGAGGGGCGAAGGAGAGGAGCUAGAGAGUUCUCACCAAUCAGAGUUCUGCUUUGUUUUCUCUUACCGGCCAAUGAGGGAGCUCUGCUGGCGAGGCUGUCUUCAAGUCCGAGCCACCCACCUCCAUCGCAGCCUAUCAGCAGACCGCUUUUACGAAGCAUCCGCGGAGCUCCCGCCCCGCGGGCGGAGCGGCCCUGCCCCUUCCCGCCCCUCCGGCCGUGGCCCCACCCUGCCGAGGGAGGGGGCCAAGUCGGUUACUCACUGGGCUGGAGGUGGGGGCCGGGCUCCCGCUGGGCUCGUGCGUUCUGCGCCCGUCGAGGCGGUGCCGAGCCCGCUGGCUCCUGAUUGUCCUUUGCGGCGGCUGCGGUCGCUGCCUCUUUGCCUCCCGACCCAGGGCUGCAGGGGCCGGAGCGAUCGCGCCUCCCGCGGGCCACGGCUGCCCAGAGCAGAAACAGCCUGCUGGGUAUAUAAAUCUUGGUCGACAGCGUGGCUGCAGGCCACUGACUGGAGUUCUCUGUGGCUUUCUAAGUGGAGAGUGGUGUGGCUGUCCCAGCCUGUGGCGGCUUGCAUCAUGCCAGCUUUGUCAACAGGAUCUGGGAGCGACACAGGUCUGUAUGAGCUGUUGACUGCUUUGCCAGCCCAGCUGCAGCCACAUGUGGAUAGCCAGGAAGACCUAACCUUCCUCUGGGAUAUGUUUGGUGAAAAAAGCCUGCAUUCACUGGUAAAGAUUCAUGAAAAACUCCACUACUAUGAGAAGCAGAACCCCGUGCCCAUCCUCCACGGCGCAGCGGUCUUGGCCGAUGAUUUGGCUGAAGAGCUUCAGAACAAGCCAUUAAACAGUGAGACCAGAGAGCUGUUGAAACUACUGUCAAAACCCAAUGUGAAGGCUUUGCUCUCUGUACAUGAUACUGUGGCUCAGAAGAAUUACGAUCCUGUAUUACCGCCAAUGCCUGAUGAUAUUGACGAUGAAGAAGACUCCGUAAAAAUCAUUCGUCUGGUCAAAAAUAGAGAACCACUGGGAGCUACCAUUAAGAAAGAUGAGCAGACUGGAGCCAUCAUUGUGGCUAGAAUCAUGAGGGGAGGAGCUGCGGAUAGAAGUGGUCUUAUUCAUGUUGGUGAUGAACUUAGGGAAGUGAAUGGGAUUCCAGUAGAGGAUAAAAGGCCUGAGGAAAUAAUUCAGAUUUUGGCUCAGUCUCAGGGAGCAAUUACAUUUAAGAUUAUACCCAGCAUCAAAGAGGAGACACCAUCUAAAGAAGGCAAGAUGUUUAUCAAAGCCCUCUUUGACUAUGACCCUAAUGAGGAUAAAGCAAUUCCAUGUAAGGAAGCUGGGCUUUCUUUCAAAAAGGGAGAUAUUCUUCAGAUUAUGAGCCAAGAUGAUGCAACAUGGUGGCAAGCAAAGCACGCAGGUGAUGCCAAUCCCAGGGCAGGCUUGAUUCCCUCAAAGCAUUUCCAGGAAAGGAGAUUGGCUCUGAGACGACCAGAAAUAUUAGUUCAGCCCUUGAAAGUUUCCAACAGGAAAUCAUCUGGGUUUAGGAGAAGUUUCCGUCUUAGUAGAAAAGAUAAGAAAACAAAUAAGUCCAUGUAUGAAUGCAAGAAGAGUGACCAGUACGACACAGCUGAUGUACCCACAUAUGAGGAAGUGACACCGUAUCGGCGGCAAAUGAACGAAAAAUACAGACUUGUCGUUCUGGUUGGUCCUGUAGGAGUAGGUCUGAAUGAACUGAAACGAAAGCUGCUCAUCAGCGACACCCAACACUACGGUGUGAUAGUGCCCCACACGACCAGAGCAAGAAGAAGCCAGGAGAGCGAUGGUGUGGAAUAUAUUUUCAUUUCCAAGCAUUUGUUCGAGACAGAUGUACAAAAUAACAAGUUUAUUGAAUACGGUGAAUAUAAAAACAACUACUACGGGACGAGUAUAGACUCCGUGCGGUCUGUCCUAGCUAAAAACAAAGUUUGUUUGUUGGAUGUUCAGCCUCAUACAGUGAAGCAUUUAAGGACCCUAGAAUUUAAGCCCUAUGUGAUAUUUAUAAAGCCUCCAUCAAUAGAGCGUUUGAGGGAGACAAGAAAAAAUGCAAAGAUUAUUUCAAGCAGAGAUGACCAAGGUGCUGCAAAGCCUUUUACAGAAGAAGACUUUCAGGAAAUGAUUAAAUCUGCACAGAUAAUGGAAAAUCAGUAUGGUCAUCUUUUUGACAAAAUUAUAGUAAAUGAUGACCUUACCGUGGCAUUCAAUGAGCUAAAAACAACUUUUGACAAAUUAGAGACAGAAGCCCACUGGGUUCCAGUGAGCUGGUUACAUUCAUAACUAAGGGAAAUUCCCACAAUCAUCUUUUUUGUAGAGUGCAUGAUGAAAUCAGUUACCGUUCUGGUGGUAGGGCUUUUUAAUCUAUAUCACUGUUGUAGAUGUGCAGUCUUGCUUAAAACUGAAUGUUGGUUUUGUUUGUAUCUUUAUCCAGCCUUACUUCAAACACAAUAUUUGAGUAGAAGAUCCAAAAUCAAAAUUUGCACAGUACUGUAUUUUGAGCAGAGCUUUGAACUUUUUGGUUGUCUUUAAUAUACAGCUGUAUCUCCAAGAUGAGGUUGGACUUUUUAGAGAGAAACAGCUAGGGAAUUGAUACUGGAGUUCAGUGCUUCAGCAGGUCUCAGACGUGGUCCCUCCAUCAAGUUUGUACGUUAACAGUUGAAGGUACUAACUUAGCAGCCUUGAGCAGCUCCAGGCAAACAGGACAGCUUUGCUGUUCUUUGGAUGGGUCACUAUAGGUUCACCUAGGCUGACAAUAAGGCGUCCUCUUGCUAUUCUAAAAGCGCAACCUUUUUCUUACAUAUAUACAAUAUAGUCAGAGUGUAUUUAAAAAUCUUUCUUAAAGGAAUUACGACACGUUUGCCUUAGUGAGUGGCCUGCAUGUUAUAGCUUGAGACGACCUCUUAGGACUACAUAUCAGUGACUCGAGUAUUUAAUGAGGGAAGAUACGACUUUUAAAAAUGAUUGUAUAUGUAACUAAAAGCCCUUCCUUAUGGUGUUAGUCUUUGUAAGGUUGGUGAUAUCUUGGGGCAAGUAAUGAUUACGAAGGACAUUUUUAUUUGUAAAUCCUCAGACAGGAUUUCCAGAGUCACUAUCCAAUAAAUUAUAAGAAUGUGAUUCCUAUUCUCAAAGUAGAUGUUUUACAUGUUACUGAUACAGUUAAAAUGUGAUCAUUUUUCACAUGUGCAAUUGAUCAUAUACUUAAAUUGCACUAAAAUGUAUUUUAGAAAAACUUUUCGUAUAAUGUUAACUUACCUCUUCAUCAUCAAAAUAAUUCUUAACACUGGUCAGGUACCAUCCUAAUCUUACCAUUUUUAAAGAAUCUUAAGAAAGACUCGUAAAUAAUUUAGAUGGGCUCUCAUUUUUCUUUGUUACUACUGAACUUCAGCAUACUAGAAAGAGCCAUAAGUUGUUUAAGAGAACGUCUUGCCAUUCUUGCAUGCAGUAAGACCCUGCCAAUCAAAAAUCAUCACAUCUAUGACUUUCAAACAGAAAAUAUUUUUUGUUGAUUUGUAAAGAGAGUUUAGAUGUCAUAAGAAAAAUAGAAUGUAGUGAAAUUUUAUAUAUUUAUAAAAUCUUUGAAAGGCGUAUUUUUUUAAUUAUCAAAUGGAGCUAUUCAUAAAAUAAAUUGUAUGUAAAGAUGUCAUAAUUUAAAAGAGUAGUUUUAUAAGUCAGGGUCAACAUUCCAUGUAAAUAUUUGACCUUUGUUCGUUCACAGAUAGCCCACGAGUGUUAUAUGUGCACUGUGCACUUGGUAGCAUUAUCCACUGGAUUUCCUUCAGACGCGUCAAAUUUCAUAUUAGAAACAGAGACAAAAACUGCUGUAAUGGUCUUGAUACACACUCUCACUAAAACAAUCAGACCAGAUGUUACUUAACAUGAUCCAGACAGUGAGUUCUAAGUUUAUAAAGUCAAUAGCAAGCCAUCUAGAUUUUUAAAGGAGUGGGGAAGAGGGCUGCCGUACUUUAAAGUUGUAUGGCUGCUCUAAGAAAAUACAACUCUUAGACAGAGAGUUUGGGUAGAAUAGACUCCUCUUUGAACACUAAGAUCUCCUAUAAAUCAAAGCUUCCUGUACAAGGAGUAAUGGGAAACGUGUAAUUAUCUAGGCAAUUGUCUAAAUAAUUUAAUUUAGGCAGUCCAACCAAAUUCUUUACUGUGGGGGUAGAGGGUAGUGUAAUGUGGUGGAAACAGAGUCCUUCUGGCUGUUGGUGGCGAUGGGGUGUUAUUUAAAAAUAUAACUGUCCAGGGGCGCCUGGGUGGCUCAGUCGUUGAGCGUCUGCCUUCAGCUCGGGUCGUGAUCCCAGGGCCCUGGGAUCGAGCCCCACGUUGGGCUCCCUGCUUAGCGGGGAACCUGUUUCUCCCUCUCCCACUCCCCCUGUUUGUGUUCCCUCUCUUGCUGUGUGUCUCUCUCUGUCAAAUAAAUAAAUAAAAAUCUUAAAUAUAUAUAUAUAUAUAUAUAUAACUGUCCAGACCUUUCUCCCUUUUCACACUAGAAUUUUUUGUUUGUUUGUUUUUAAUGAAAAGGGGCACCCUGGCAAUUUGAGAAAUGUUUUAUUAGGUUAAAACUGAGUAAGGCAGUGCCAAGGGCUCGUUGAUAACUGUUGCGGAAGGCCCUGGACUCUUGCGUCUGCACCCAGACCACCUCUAGCAAGGAGACGUGCCCGGCGCUCCUCACUGUACUAGUUUGGCUGGCUCCCAAGACAGUGUCAGCCACUGUUGCAGAGAAGAGGAAUGUUUAUAGUUUUGAGUCCGUAUAUUUAAAAUCUGAGAUCAGGAAAUUCUAUAUUCCCGUGACUACCAAAUUAGAGUCAGUUAAAAAUAAAAAGGUGAAAUUGAAGUAUUUUUUUCCUGUUGCUUUACUUAUAUAGAUGUUCUUAAUAUCUUUAAGGCUGACAUUCCUGGUAUUGUAUAAUGAUUGAAUGUAUCUAAAUUGUAAUAAUUUAAAAUUAACAAACCUGUAAUCUUCAUAGAUUUACGAAACUGUUAUUAAAAGCUGCUUGAAGAUCUGGAUUUCUGUUAUUUUCUUUUUGACUAGUAAGGAUUUCUAAAUAAAUGUAAUGGAAAACCUUU